AUGAAAGUGAUGCGCCCAGGGGAAGCCAACAAGAGAGGGAACGUUGUGACUGCGCGAAUCGUGCCAGCUCUAUUACUAGGCAUCAUCGGGUACUCAUCAUGGGUGGUUACCAAGCACGUCUGCAUCGACUAUCUGCUCCAUCCGCCGCGAGCAUCAACAUCGGCAGCAGAAACAUCUAUAACCGACCUCCCUCCAGUCCACCAUCGGCAGACUGGAGCCGCCAUUGCCAUCCUCAUCAUAUUCUAUUUGUUACUACUCAUCACGUUGACAUGUUUCGGUCGGCUCCUUUAUACGAUCGUGACGGACCCAGGAUUCGUGCCCCGCGGACCACAAUGGUACAUUGAAAAGGAGCGCAAAAAGCAGAACAGAGCGAGCGCGCAACACUCGACUGCUAGGCAUAAGGAGGAGGCAUUCGAGUACGGCGCGACCACCACCGAAGGUUAUACGCCGCGACUACGACGACAUGGCGACAACCGUCAUAGGGAAUACGAUGCAGAGAAGGGAGUUGGGGGUGGGGGUGGGGGUUAUCUUCCCGAAGAAUUCUGGCACAAGGACGUCUUUGUCUGCGGAUGGGAUGGCCGACCACCGUUCUGUUCGACUUGUUAUAACUAUAAACCCGACCGUGCACACCACUGCCGGGAACUGGGCCGCUGCGUGUUGAAGAUGGACCACUUUUGUCCCUGGGUUGGCGGCAUAGUCUCCGAGACUUCGUUCAAGUUCUUCAUUCAAUUCACGUUCUGGGCCGCUCUGUUUUGUUUGGACACGUUGGUGGUCGUGGCGUACUAUUUUGCCCAGCGCAGGCGCGAUGAAAACUUCAUCAAUGUCCAUUGGAUCCUGGUGCUGGCGUUUGCUGCUUUGUUUUUCGUCUUCAGUGCAGGCAUGUGCGGAUCUAGUCUGCAGUUUGCAUUUGUGAAUUCUUCGACUAUUGAGAAUCUCAGUCGCAGAACUAAAGUUUGGUAUUUGGCAGUGUACAUACCCGAAAGGGUGCUUGACAGGUAUUAUUCUUCGGGGAGGACCGAUCUGAGAUUGAUCUCGUACCCUCGGCCGCCGUCGGAACAGUUUCAGAUCCUGCAACAACAUGGAGCAAAGGUUGAUGGGGAUGAUCAUAGUCAGCAGGAUGUCGUGCCGGAGGUCGGCGGCUUGCCCACGAGCAAUAACUCUGACGAGGGUCGACAGCAGUCAUCUGAUCCUCACCAGGCGUCGGUUGAAAACACAGCUCCUUCUGCGGUUGCUGCUACUCGCCAUCAGUACCACGCUAGAGACAGAUAUUCGCCUUCUUCUCCUCAGUCUCCCACCGGGAAUACCUCAGCGGACCCGAGAGGAGUAAAAGGACGCACUUUCGCCAUUCUCGAAACCAAACCCGGUGAAAACCCCUGGGAUAUCGGUCCAUUCAACAACUUCAGAGAAGUAAUGGGGUAUUUCUGGCUGGAUUGGUUCUUUCCACUCCAUCGGUCUCCGCUGGUCGACCAUGGCGAUCCAACCAGUAUGUAUAAGCUAGGUCCUCUGGUGGAGAAAAUGAAGAGAGAGGCAGGUAUAGAUGAUGAUGACGAUGGAGAAGACAAUGGUCGCCCCCAUGGGCAGCAUGACCCUACUAGUGGACAAGCUCAGGUCAACACAACCAACAAUAAAGUGGAAGAAAGGGGGAGUGGACGAAAACGACAGCAAAGGCGCCAUCACCGGCGCCGAAGGCGAAGGAGGUCAGAAACGGAGCCCGAAACAUCAAAGAUCCCAUGA